UUAAAGGUAACAAAAUUGAGAAAGGCGCCAUUAUUUGUGAAAAAAUAAAUGCAAGAUAGCAGAAGUUCAGAAGUUACUUAGUUAGUGAUUUUUUUUGAAGCGAUUUGUUCAUUUAAUUAAAUGGAAUCGGUCAGUGAAAUGAAGAAAUAAGAUGUCGAGGAAGCAAUUAGCAGAAGUUCUUCAUUUACUCCAAAGAUUCCAGGGGCAGGAUGACGGUAACCGAACAAAGACCGUGUUUGAGGGACGCAUCCUGAUACUGAAGAUAUUAGAGGGAUGUUUGUCAGAUAAAAAGAGAAUUGCCGAGUCUCUGACCAGUACUGGAGAAAACAGCGAGUGUCACACAGUAUUACAGUGGUGUCAUCACUGUGUGGUCAGCAACAGGGAGUUCUUCAUCCCACCCACCCACACACCAGGGGAUGAAACCCCUCUACUGGGCCACACCCGCAUCACUCAGUUACCCAAGGAGGAGCUGCUCUCGUUUGCUUUCAGUCGCUGGUUUUUACUGAAGAUGAUCUGGCUUCAGAGUAAGCCAGAAUGUACAGGUCUACACAACAUGUGUCAGAAAAUCACGGUGGAGCUACUACAGGCCAUUAAAUGGCGAGACCUCUACUGCUUCUCACAGCUCCUGACAGAACUCAUCCACACAGUGACAGAACUGGUAAAGGUGAACGAGAACCUAUAUGCUGGAGAAUCAGGGAAGACGUUACAGAGAUUUAAUGUGAAUGAAGACAUUGUGAAAAAGAGUUUAAGGGACCCAGAAAAGGAUGACCCUGGAACUGACACAGAUAUCAUCACUGUACCAAGUCUUGAUGUAUUUACUGUAGAAGAAUGUGAAAGUUUGCAGUUGAACUUGGUGAGAGUAUUGCUGGCCUUGUCAGAAGACCUGUACUUAGUUGGAAAUCCCCUAAGUGACAUGAUAUGGGGAACCAUGUGCUGCCAUUUAGAAUUCUAUGAUCUGGAGAUGAAAAUUGAGUCACUGAGAGUUAUUGAGAAAUUGCUGUUAGAGGGGCUUCCACAGCUCCACAUUCAGGACUACUUCAUUUCCUGUCUGAGUGCACUCAUAGAACUGUUGUGUGAGGGCUGUAAGGAUGCAGAUAUCAGAGUAAGAGAAGAAUUGGAAGAGAAAACCGCCCAGGUUCUGCUAAGUGUCAGUCUGGCAGACAGGAAACCAUUAGCUUCCACUCACCUAUCAGACUUUCAGCUCCAGGACCUCCUACAGAAAAUGUCCCACCCCAUCAAACAGCAUGGCCUCUGCAACCUGGUAACAGUCGCCAUGACAAUGUCCCUGUCUGACCUCUUGAGUCAUUGCUUGGAAUCUCUUUCAUUAGUCGGUCCUCAGGAAGGCGAGACCAAGCAUAUCAAAGACCAAGUUUUCUUGAUACUUCUACAGGAGGUUGGACAGAACUUUGGGUCAUCGUACCUGGUGAGGCCAUUUGUGAUUUUGUUGAUGUCAGACUUUAGACAGACAUAUUGUGGACUGUCAGAUACACCUGCCUCUACAGUUACAGACAAACCAGACACCAUGGUUGCCUCACAACUCCGACGCAAAAGAAAAGCAGAUGAGCAGCCAAUGAAAAAGAAAGUCAAACAACCCCAUAGAUAUCUAAGACUGAAAGCCAAGAUAAAGUGUUUGAUCGAUAGUUUAAAGGACCCAAAACAGGACAAGCAUGCAGAGAUUUUGGAUGGGAUGUACACAGCAUUGAAGGUCAUCAGCGUUGUUGUGAUGACGAGUUCGGACAGCGGUAUUGGUGAGGUGACGAGUUCCGAGAUUUCAUCCACCAAGAAAAUUCUUCCAGAACACAUGAGUUCUUUGUUGUCAUGGUUGCCAAGUGACCUUCUGGAGAAUAUCUUUGAGACGUGGAAAUUGACCCUUCAGUACAGUCACCACUGGAAGCCUGACGAACUGAAUGUGAACAUGCUAUCUAUCAUCAGGACGAUAGUGUCACUGCUAGAUACACAAGAUUGUAUUGGUCAUGAGGAGUCCAUGUGCUGGAUGUUGUCAUUACCAUGGUUACUGAAUGACCCCACCUGGAUGGACCUGAAACCACUGGACUCCAAGACGGUCAGCAAGAUCAGUCAAGAGAUCACAGAAAAACUGAAUUUAGAUGUCAAGCAUCAGUGUCUGCAGGGAUUAUCCCUUUUGCCUAAGGAUGUUUCCCCACAGUGGAGAGUGCAUGUGUUCAGACAAGCAUGUACUGACUCUGAUGUGGAGUUGAAGGCAGCAGCUGUUCAGUGUCUUCCAAUGUUGUUGGUUCAUCUGGGACCAAAUGCAAAUCACCUGGUUCAUGACCUUUUGCUACCUAUGGUGACUACAGCUGAUUUCAUGACUCAGGAGGCCUUGGUGACCAUUGCUGGUGUACUAGCAUGUGUCAUCUGUAGAAAAGCUGUACUCGGAAAAGAAAGAAACAAAUUUUCUCUUGUCGCUCACCGUCACAAGAUCCAGUGUUUAUCAUGUGACCACCUGCAGGAUAAAAAUGAGAGUCCUUCUUCAGAGAGACCUAGACUUGUAGAUCCCAAUAUGUUCUCACCUUUCCUGAGUCUCAUCAGUCGCGGCAAUGCUCAGGUGAAACUCAAGCUGAUCAGCUGUAGUCUUGGCCGUGUCUUUGGACACAUUGGAGUGCGUUCUAACAACAGUGCCACUAUACAGAUGCUGGAGACCGGUAUGUCACUCAUCCGUGACUCCGACUACAGUGUCAGGGAGCAGUUCAGUAAAAUAAUCGGCUGUAUGGUAGGGGAGGGUGAAAGUGAUUCCAAUAAGCUGAUUGUCUGCACGCUAAAAAAAACGCUCGAGCAUGCUCAGCUUCAACAGAAUAUCCGACUACAGCAGACAGUCAUCUUAACUAUCGCCCAAAUUGGCAGAGUUGCGGAGGACGAGAUGCUGCUGGUAGUCAUCAUUAGUUUACUGGAAAACAUGCUGUCUAAAGAGCAGUUAAUCGCAGCCAUUGCAUACCAGCAGCUGAAAUCUGUGGCGAAGUUCAGGAAAACCAAAACACAGAAUUUGUUUCUCAACUCAAGACAAGAAAUUUGCAAGUUUUUGGUGAAAGCCAUGCUGGAUUGCCAGAAGAGCAACACAGGCAGAUCAGCUGAUGAAGUUUUAAGAGACGUGGCAGAUGUGCUGGAUUUCAAGGACUGCAAGUCUUUCCUGAAGGCUGCAGGGAAGUGCAUGAUUCCUCAGCUGGUCAGUGCAGCUUCUGCUGAGGCGUCCUCACUCAUCAAAAUGAUAGCCACCAUUAUGGACCUCCCAAGUCGUAUGAAACUAUUGCUGGAGUACAUUAAAUACAUUUUUGCCUACCUCGUCUGUUUUUGUGACAAGGCUGAAAUGAAGGGAGCCAUCACGUUUCUCGAGGGUGAGACUGACCUUCAACUAGCCCAGCUGCUGAGAAUGAAUUUCCAGGUGGUUCAUCAGGAACUGCUUCUAUAUCUGAGCAAACACUACAAUCAGGUAUUUACUGGACUUCGACUUCUGUCUUCCUAUGACCACAAUUUCACGAGUCCCCCAGAUAUCAGGACCUCGGAGCAGAUGGCCGAUUAUCUCCAGCCCAGACUCCUAGGGGUCAUUGCUUUCUUCGACUCUCAGCUACUGAAUGCCAGCAUCCCACUAUCCGACAAAAAACUGACUAUGAAGAGCCUUACUUCUAUCAUAAAGCUGAUGGGAAAGACACACAUUGGCAAAAUACGCCACAAAGUUGUGGGAACACUGAGGAUUGGGUUACAAUUCACCGACCGGGAGUUUAUAGGGAUUAAUUGUGAGGCCUGGAACUGCUUUGUGAAGAGUCUGGAGUUAUCUUUCCUUGGACAAAUGAUGUCACAGAUCAUUGCUACACUCCUCCCCCUGUUGGAGUAUCUUCCAAAAAAGAUUGCAGAGAUCAUCAACUUUAUCAUCGUAGAUAAUAGAGCCGCCCUGAAGGACCGGUUCCAUGAGAUCUACUUCCUGCCAGACAUCUCGGAGCUUAUGGAUGCUAAUGCUGUCCUCAAGAAACACACCAAGGAAGGCCCAUGCAGCCAGUCGGGAUUUGGGACGAAGCUUAAACACACAAUAAAGGGACUGCAGCAUGAGAGUAUCGACAUUAGAAUACACGCCCUGUCCCAACUCAAGACCCUUCUGCAGCAGGAGAAGGCUGUGUUGUAUGACUACAUUAUUGGAAAUGAGACAGCGGAUCCUAUCAUUUCACAGCUGGUGUCAGUGCUGUUGAAGAGUUGUAGAGACUCCAAUGUUAAAGCUCAGAGUUUGAUUGCCGAGUGCAUUGGGGAGCUAGGAGCCAUAGACCCAGGGAGAUUAGAGUUGCUGACUAACAACCCCAAAGAAGAGCGAGCCAAGUUUCAUGGUAGUACAGAGGAUGACAGUUUUACAGUGGGCCUGAUCAACGAGGUGGUAAAUGCUUUCCUAGCCGCCCCAGAGAGUCGCGUUCAGGAUUGUGCCGCCUAUGCUCUACAAGAACUCCUAAAGAUUUACCACAUUACUGAGCCAUCAGACAGUGACAGAACAUCAGGAAGGCUCUGGCACCGAUUCCCAGAACACGUCCAGCAGAUUCUGGUCCCUCUCCUGUCCUCCAAGUACAUUGUGAGUAGAAGGAGUGACUUCUCUCAGCUGACCAAACCAAUCUACUGCAGUAGUGAGAAGACUCAGAAGUUUCAGGACUGGGUCAACACCUGGACUUCAUACCUAUCCUCAAAGGUUAAGAAUGAGAAGGCCCAUGAAGUGUUUCGAGCUUGUGGGGCCCUGAUCAAGCAUGUUGUCAGUGUGGCCCUGUAUAUCCUGCCCUAUGUGGUACUGCAGGUUGUAGUGGAUGGAUCAGAGAAAGAAAUUAAGGAGAUAAGUGAGGAAAUUAAGGAGGUAUUGAACCAAACUAGAAAAACAGACAACAAGAACCGUCCAAUAUCUAACUCGCACCACCUGAGUGCCCAGACAGUGUUCUCUGUACUGGAUUAUUUAGUGAAGUGGAAAAGGUUCCAGGCACAGAAAGCACCUGUUAAUCCAGGGAAAGAGAAGCCUGGGUACCUUACGGAACCACAAUACAUGGCAGUGACCCACUUUCUGGAGAUGAUCCCCCAGAACCUGCUAGCUGAUGCCUGUCACUCAUGUAGGGCGUACACUAGGGCACUGAUGCACCUGGAGCAGUUUCUGGCCAGUAAGGGUCAGAACGUACAGGAACACCUGGACGUCAUGCAGAAACUGUACGUGGAUAUGGAUGAGCCUGACGGCGUGUAUGGGGUGGCCUCCGUCAGACAGGCCCAGCCCACUGUCAUGGAGGAGAUUCUGGCCCAUGAGAGUCUGGGUCAGCAUCAUGACUCACAGGCUUGUUACGAAAAGGCAAUCCAGAGUGAGGCUGAUGAUGUCACUUAUCACCAGGGCCUCCUGAAGAGUCUGCUAGAAAUAGGUCAGGAGACACAAGCACUACUGCAUGCAACAGGGGCCAUCACGGAGAGACCAGACUGGGGCCCCCAACUGAGCAGCUACAUGGUGGAGGCAGCGUGGAAACUUGGUGAUUGGCAAAAACUUGAAACUUCCCUAGAAUCUAAGAAAAGUGCCAGGAGCUGGCCAGUUGGGAUUGGGAAAAUCCUGAUUGGUGCCAAGAAUAAAAGGGAGGAGCAUUUCUUUGAGCAGCUGAGAAUUGUCCGGUGUGAACAGAUCGGACCUUUGUCAGCGGCCAGCAUGGAAAGUGGGUCAUAUCUCCGUGGAUACGAAUACAUUGUCAGAUUACACAUGCUGAAUGAGAUAGAGGAGAGCUGUCGAGUUUUAUUGGGAAUAAUGGACAACCCAGACGAGAUCGAGUCUGAGAGGAAGUCAACAAUGGAACAGCUUUUACAGCAGUGGGAAACACGAUUUGAGAUUGUGCAGUGCUCGUUCAGAACACAGGAACCUAUCUUAACCCUCAGGAGGACUCUGUUUACACUGGUUCAGAGACUGAAUGACCUUGACCUUGACCAGGAAAUAGGUCGAUGGUGGCUGUCUAGUGCCCGCAUAGCAAGAAAGGCUGGAUAUUUACAGACUGCGUACAGUUUCUUGUUACAGGCUGCAGAUUACAAUCUGCCAGAAUUCGUCCUGGAGAAGGCUAAAUACCUCAGACACAAGGGUGAACUGGACCAAGCUUUGAAGUAUCUGGAGCGGGGGAUGGAUUUUCAUUUUGGUAAUGUUCAACAGCUGCUGGCCGAUGCCUCAGACAGUGCCAAAACCAAACGCAAAACUUACGCGCAGGCGUUGCUAUUACAGUCUCGCUUCAGUGAGGAAACGUCCUGUCUGGAAAGUAACGAGAUAUUGAAGCUUUAUCGUAAGGUCAUCGCCGCGAACCAUGACUGGGAGGAUGGGCAUUUCUAUAUUGGGAAAUACUACGAUAAAAUUAUCACAACAUUGCUGGAGGAUAACAAAGAGAAACCGAAUCCCUCAAAACAGUGGGAGGUGGUGACAUUUGUAGUGAAGCACUUUUGGCAGUCAUUGAGGUAUGGGAACCAGUACAUCUACCAGUCUCUGCCCCGCCUCCUCAGUCUCUGGUUGGACUAUGGUGCGUCGGUGGUGGAGGCAGAGAAAAAGGAGAGGUCACGCCAGCCUCAGGGGACCCAGCCGACACAGAAACUCACCAACAUGAAGAAAUCUCUGUCAGACCUCAAUGAGAACAUUUCCAGGAUGGGGAGGACGCUUGCCCCCUAUCAGCUGUACACCGCGUUUUCCCAGCUGAUCUCCAGAAUCUGUCAUGUGGAACCAGAGGUCUUCCAAAAACUGAAGGAGCUGAUAGCGAAAAUAUUUGUGUCAUUCCCUCAGCAGUCUAUUUGGAUGAUGAUGGCCAUCUCCAAGUCCUCUUAUCCUGUGAGAAAACAGCGAUGUCAGGACAUAUUUGCCACUGUGAAAAUGAUUGAUCCUAAUCAGAACAAGUUUAUUCAUGAUGCCACGAAGUUGACAGAGAGAUUGUUAGACCUGUGUGAAAAGGACAUCAAGGGGGCUUACACACUGAGUAUCACCAACCACUUCAGACCACUUAAACGGCUGCUGGAGGACAAAGACUUUGGACCAAUCCUGCUUCCUCUCCAGUCAGCCAUGAAGGUGACCCUCCCCAGCACCCCGGGGAGUCACGUAGACCACAACCCUUUCCCCAUGGACCCGAUAUUCCUACAAGGAUUUGAGGAGGGGAUUGAAGUCCUGCCAUCAUUACAACGUCCAAAGAAGAUCACAAUGAAUGGCAGCAAUGGGAAAAUGUACACCAUGUUGUGUAAACCAAAGGAUGAUCUGAGAAAGGAUUGCAGACUGAUGGAAUUCAACGCCUUGGUCAACAAGUUCCUCAGUAAAAAUCCUGAAGCAAGGAAACGAGAUCUACACAUCAGAACUUACUCGGUGGUGCCUCUAAAUGAGUACUGCGGUCUCUUGGAGUGGGUCAACAACACGUCAGGGCUGAGAAACAUCCUGCUCAGGAUGUAUAAGGAGCGGGGGAUCUAUUUCACAGGAAAGGAGCUGCAGAGUAUGACCCCCAAACAGGAGUCCCCUCUGGAACAGAAGAGGAGGAUUUUUAAGGAGAAAUUUCUGGCCAAACAUCCUCCCAUUUUUAAGGAGUGGUUUCUUCAGACUUUCCCGGAUCCGACAACGUGGUACAAUGCACGGCUAGCUUAUGCCCGAACAUCUGCUGUGAUGUGUAUGGUGGGCUACAUUCUUGGGCUGGGAGAUCGCCAUGGUGAAAACAUCCUGUAUGACUCGAUGUGUGGGGACUGUAUACAUGUCGACUUCAACUGCCUGUUUAACAGGGGAGAGACUUUUGAUUGGCCGGAAAAGGUUCCAUUUCGCUUGACACAAAAUUUGGUGGAUGCCCUUGGACCCCUGGGUAUGGAGGGAAUUUUCCGUAGGUCGUGUGAAGUGACUCUCCGGGUAAUGAGAGAUCAGAUGGACCCCUUAAUGAGUGUAUUACGAACUUUUAUCCAUGACCCACUAGUGGAAUGGAGAAAGAAAUCCAAAACACAGAAGAUUAAUCCAGUCGAAACCGAGUUAGCACAGGGGGAGAUUCACAAUGACCAGGCCUUGGUCCACGUACAGAACAUCGAAUCCCGUUUAAAGGGGAUCAGGCGCGGCACCAUACAGAAACCUAGAAGUGCAGCUUUAUCAGUGGAGGGACACGUCAAUUACUUAUUACAGGAGGCCACCAGUAUUGACAAUCUCUGUCAGAUGUACGUUGGAUGGGCUGCCUACUUGUGAUGAAAGGCCUGGCCGAAUACUCAAUAGUGCACCUCAUUAUUCUCUCAGAUGUCACCAUUUCUGUGGGAACAAAAAAUGUAUAUGUACCCAUGGGUGUGUAGUGAUUGUUACAAUCAGGAUUUGGAGAAGGAAAAAUCAUUUUCUCAUCAUAUUUUUACAAUGUCUUGUAUGUACUAAAGUUGAUGAUGCAGAAAAUAAAUAGAAAACAUAUACAUAGAUUGUUAACAGAGAAAUUUUAUUGCAAUUGUGUUUUAUGUAUGUAGUUAAUAAAGAAUGCAUACAAGCAUG